GUUGUUCCCAGAGUUCAAGGAUGCGGUGGUCGAGGAGGCACCAGAGCCUCUGCUGAAACGUUUGCCCGACACCGCGCGACCAAUCCAUCGAAGCAAGGCCUGGCAAGGCCACCGGUGGCCCGACCCUGAGAAAGAAGCAACCACGAGAACCCAUCGCUUGAACGGUUCGAUGGAUUUAACGGAGGCAUUCGCCCCGGGAGGGGGCGGGGAGGAUCUGCCGAAGACGGACUUCUUCGAUUUCGUGGUCUCCCCGCCGCCGCACUGCGCGUCCGCUGACGGGGUCUCCGACGAGGAGAGCUUCCUUCAUCGCACCACCUGCAGAAGCAUGGGUUAUCUGCAGCAGAGCCACGAGGAGCACGAGACCAGUCGUGACCUCCACAGCUCGCCGUUCAUCAAAGAGACCAAUAACAACACGCUGACCGCCUUGCCGCCCGUCUCGACGAUCACGAGCUCCCUCGGCCAUCAUCAUCACCAUCACCACGUGAGAGCCCAUCACAACGCCUGCAACGUCCAGCAGAGCAACGAGCAGACGCCGAUGGACCAGUCGGACUGCGACUAUUGGGGGACCGACGAGAGCAAAGAGCAGACCUGCAACAUACUGCUGGAGGAUUUGAACAAGUAUUGCUGGUCGGCCCACGCCAACGCGCAGAGCCAUGGGAACGACACGGUGAACGUUCACCAGGGAUCGAACGACCAUCAUCAAGCCGUAGGCCGAGGAUGUUCCACGAACGACAGACAGAACACGGACGGGGCAAUCUACACUCUGACCGUGUUGAACAACGAAGCAAACUCGAUGGACGCGUUGGACUGCUGCAAGAGCCCGGCACCGACGUCCAGCGACUCCUGGACCCUGCGGCCCAACCUGGACUUGGACGCGAUCCUGAGCAUGGAGCCGGCCUCCGCCGAGCCGGACCACGACCAGACGACGAACGUGAGCGAGGUGUCGCGGACGGUCAACGACAGGUUUCACCCGGACCGCUUCUCCGUGGCGUCGUCGCAGUAUACCACCGACGACAGCGGUUUCGUCGAGAGCAAAGAAUUGUGCGGUCGGGCCUCCUCGAACAGCGGCAACUGCACGGGCGGCGACAACAACAACGACUGGAAGCUCUCGGAUCAGAAUCUGCAAGAGGCGGCUGCUGCGGCGGCGGCGGCUGCGGUCGCGGUGGGCGCGGGCGACUCGGCGGAGAGUCUGCUGAGAAGCGCCCUCCAAGGGAAGCUGUACACAGGCCCGACCCAGGUGGUGUCGUCCUCGUCGCCGUCCAAUCAGGGCACCGCCAUGUCGAUGCCCGUCACGAAUAACCCCGGCCUGCAGAUAGUCGCCGACCAGCAACAACAGCAGCAGCAACAACAACAGCAACAGCAGCAGCAGCAACAGCAACAACAAGACGAGUCGAUGCACACCUGCACGGACGAGGACCUGCUGCUGUCCCAGCUGGACCAGACGACCUACCGUCCCGGGGACUACGAGAAGCUGAAGAGCAUAGCCAACGAGAUGGUGGAGUCCUACUGCAGCUUGGAACCCGUCUGCAACGUCUCCGCGACGACCACGGUGAUGUACACGUUGGACCCGACCAGCGGUAGCCUGGGCACCAUCACUCUACCGGCGGACUUGGGCCAGGUGAGCACGGUCACGGUGGUCACGGCUGCUCAGCAAGACGUGCUCCAGCAGCAGACAACCGCUCGGGCGGAGGUGGAACAGCAACAGACGACCAAUCAGCUCCAGCUGGCUCCCACGAGAGUGGUGCCCGCCAAGGCGCCGAAGAAGUACUGCAGACGCACCAACAGGAACAAUAACAACGCGAACGCGGCCAGCAACGGGAACAGCGGCUCGGAAAGCGGAGGAAGCGCCGGCGGUCAGCAACAAGGCGCGUCCGGAGGGUCACCGGGCAGCGUUCAGCGCAAGGAACGCUCGCUGCACUACUGCAGCAUCUGUAGCAAAGGGUUCAAAGACAAGUACAGCGUGAACGUUCACAUUCGGACGCACACGGGCGAGAAGCCCUUCGCUUGCUCGUUGUGCGGCAAGAGCUUCCGGCAGAAGGCCCACCUGGCGAAGCACUACCAGACCCACGUCACGCAGAAGCCCAGCGUCCAGCAGCAGGCCACCGGGAACAGCGGGAACAACAACGGGAACAGCGGGAACCCCAGUCCGUCCGCGGAGACCACCACCACCACCAGCAGCAGCGUGACAAACAGGAGUCAGUCGCACCCGGUCUCGGUCGAUCCUUCGGGGAACGCCUGCAAUCCACCUAGUUAGUCGACUUGGAGGGACCCUGCCGAUUGCUCGAUGCCCCGUCGAACUCGACGUACCAGGUCGUUGCUGCCUCUCUCCUCUUCCGAAAGGGGCACGGUGCGAGUCUUCUUUCUCUUCUAUAGCUCUUUUUUGUCUCAUUCUAUUUAUCUGUCACUCUGUCUCUGCCACACGCUGUCCCUCUACUUUUGUCUUCCGUCCUACCAUUCUGUUCUUCCCUCCCCCGGCGCUUCAGUCUUCGCGUCACCGAACGAGAGAUCGUUCCCGAUCAACGAGGUUAGAACCCCGAGCACAGAGCGAACCAUGACCAAUGGCAACGAUCGCGGGAUCGACGCGUCUAUGGUCCAACGUUGGUCGAGCUGACCCCUUCUCGCGAUCGGCCCACUCGUCUUAGAACGAAUCUUAGCGCCGAUGGACACCCAGUACGCAUCGGAGUACGCAUCGGGGUCCGUCGAUAUUUAAUUAACGAGCUCUGCGAACGCUAGGCGUCCGGUAUCGAGCCCGGUGGAGCCGCGGAGAUCGGUAGGCGACGCCCUAUUUCGGUGGCGUCCCUGUCGCCGUCCUCUCGCCGGCAACGAUUCUAUCAGCUGAUCGCAGAAAACCGUCCACAAAGCCGCGAAUCGUGAAUUUAUCCACGGCAACACCGAGCCCCAAAUGCUUCCACGACGAUCGUUCCUGUCGCCAGUUCAGACCCCCGGGGCUUCCGAGACGCGCGUCCAAUUGUUCGGCUAUCGAGGACGAUCGCGAGCGGAGGACGCCGAUCGGCGUCCAAAACUUGGCGCUCGAAGAGUCGGAAUUAACGUUUCUGUGUUCAAUUGCCGAAACGAUCUUUCAGAUUGAUUAUAUCGAAUUUUUGAUGACGCCUGCGAGAGGUUUGAACCGGUGAUAUCUGUGUUUUGGGGCGAGCCGCGAAAUUCUUUGAAUUUACCGGAAAAGGAAUGUUAAUUCGAAGGAGAGCGGCGACGGAGCGAUAUCAAGGUCGUCGCUUUGCGAACGAUGUUUGCCGCGCGUAUUUAAUUCAAAGUAGGAUAUUUCGGGCGAACGUUUAGCGGAGUCGGUGAUUUCGAGAAAUCGAUGACCUUGGGAAGAACGGCUCCGCCUUGUUUCUCUGUAAAUUCGGUAUUUACGGAUAUUUCGGUGACUCGCCCCGCGGGACGUUCGAAUUGAUAUUACGCGUACGCUCGUUCUGUCGAUAAAUUCACGAAGGGAAAAUCUAAUAUAAGCAAGGCGUGCACGCCCUUUAUUUUUUUAUACCACGUAAUCAAUUAGUCGGAUCGUCGAUCGACGGUGGCCACGCUCCGCGGGUUGAAAUUGUUGUUCCUAAGACGACCCCCAUUGGCGCGAAAGAGGGAGGAUUCGUGGCGCGUGGAUCGACGAUCGCCCAUCGAUCAACGAUAUUUAAUACCACUAUGAGAUAUUAACGUUAUUUUAUACAUAGGAUGAUUCUAAUUUUUAUCGUUCUCUCGAGUUUCUUCUUUCUUCGCUCUAUUGUCUUCUCUCCUUUUCUUUCACGAACCCGAACCCCCGCCUCCCCCGCUCUAUUUUUUAUGUUUUGUUCGUCACCCUACGUACGUAUACACACAAUGAUAAAUAUAGUAGACUAAUGGAAGUAACAUAGUGAUCGGUAAGUAACGGAGUAUCGAGAAAGGUAUAUAACGUUAUAAGUAAUUAGUAGCACGAGCUGUGAUUUAGAUACAUACUCAACGCGUGAUGACGCGCGCGCGCGCGCGCUCGCGCACGCUUCGCCCGCUCGGUCGGUCGGCCGGCGCGGCGCUCGCGUGUCUCGCCGUCUGUUAUUCGUAAGAGAGUGAAAGCGAUUCGUUUGACGGACGAUUUUGCGAGGAAUUCUGCCUUCGGAACGCACUUCAGACUUUCUUCGAGCCCUGUUAGAAGAGUUUUCUCUGCCGGCUCGUUCAUCCGAUGAAAUCUUCGAAGGACGAUCGAGCUUUCGAUUGGAUCGCCGCCGCACAUGAAAUGUCGUUCAUCUUUCACCUUUCGUGCUUCGCAGAUAUAUACGCUACGGACGGAAUUGAAGGAACUGCAAAUUAACUUAAUUGCUCUCGGAUGGCGACUCUCGGGCGCCAUUAACCUAUUCCCGCGGCAGUCAUUUUGUAUACAUUAUGCGCAAAAUGCGUCGAAGGAAUUCAUGCGUUAUUAAGACGGCGCAGCGUGCAAGUAUUAUUAUUCGAAAACUCACUUACGGCCUGUCCGCAGGAUGUAGAAUUAAGGGGAAAACUGCCAAAUGCAACGUAUUGAUAUCUAUUAAUUAAUUUCGCGAACGACGAGAUUCAUUUGGAAGAUUAUUCCGCGCGAAUGCGUAAAAAAUUAUCGUACUAUAGUUUCGAACGGUUUGAUAUCAAUAAUUGCACUCGUUUUCAUUUUUUCUUUCUGGAAUAUUUUAUAUUGAUGGAGAUUUCUGAGUUCGAAGCCGUUUGAUUUAAGAAGUCUUUACUUCUUUGUCCCUGAUCUCAGUUUCUUAAUUCUCUGAAUUCUCUUUUCUAUAUUUAAACGUUUACAAACUUAAGUCAAUGUACGGGGUUUAACAAAUUUUUGUUCUACAUUUGUUUA